AUGGAAAGCAAGUCUGGGUCUCACCAGAUAUUGAAAGACAGAGAUAAGAACCGCGUGGAGGACCUCCAUGGAAUGUUUACAAAUUUGCAGUUAACAAGGAAGUUAAUCAGAUGCUCAAAGAAUGGAAGAAUGAACUCAAUGAGCCUUCACAUGCUUCUUCUUUACAACAGGUUUGUCAUAUUGUUGUUAAAAGUUAGAACACACAUCAUUUUCUUCAUAGAAGCCAUGGUGACUAAACUUGUGUUGUGUUUGACCGAGGUUCAAAUGUUGAAAAGUGAGGUGAAUAGAGUGUCUACACAAGUGUUGUUGAUUGUUGUUUCCAUGGUCCAACUUAGUCAAUUUUCUUUUUUGCCACAUCCGAUUGAUAGUGAUUCUUAUGAUAGGAUUGUUGUUUGUGUAAGAUUGUUGUGUAAUCGAAAUGAAGAUAUGAAGAAAAUAUGGUUGCAGUCUUGUUGUGAAAGUUUUGUUCAAAUGCUUGUGGAGAAACAUAUGAGGGAAACUGAAGAGACAAAAGCUAAGGCUUUGGUUUCUCAUGGUCAACCUGAUGCUCUCAUUGACUUUUACCAUUUGAAGAGCAGGAAGGAACCUGAAAGUUGUUUGGAUGCACACCAAGCGCUCGCUAAAAUGCUUCAACUGAAUGGUAUCAAGUAUGUUUAUGUAGAUGAUUUAAUGGAUGAUAUUGGUGAGAUUCCAAUUCUAUUCGAAUGGAAUCACGAAUUCCAAUUCUGUUGGAAUGAAAUCAUGAAUUCCAAUUAUGUUGGAAUCACAUAA